UGGUGUGAGCAAAGCAACAGAAACCAGAGAAAGAGGAACCGAUUGAAAGAAGUUGUUUCAUUCUUGCUCGAUCGACCCCGCGCCGGCCGGCCAUGGGGAGCGACGACAGCGGCCGUGGCAGCAUCGCCUUCUUCGGGACCUACCGCCCGCCGGUGCCACUGGACAUCUACUCCUGCCCGGCCGACCCGCCGCCGUCCUCGCGGGAGGACGAGCAGCACCUCACCGACGGCGUCUCCUACAACCAGAACGGCCGGUCCAUCCCGGCGGCCGCGCUCAAGGAGCUCCUCACGUUCCUUGGCAAGAAGAACCCCGCGCUCGCCGCCGAGUGCGGCGCCACGCCGGACGACGCCGAGAAGGGCCGCGUCACCGGCCUCGUCUUCGUCUCCGAGAGGGACAAGGGGCUCGAGACGCUGCACGUGGCCCUUGUGCGCCCCAAAGGCGAAGGUGGUGCGGUGAAGGUGCUGAGCCUGGGCGACGUCUACGGCGCCGACACCUUCGGCGGCUCGCGGAUGGAGGACAGCGGCUGCAUCGCCGGCGGCUUCAAGGUGGGCGCUCGCACCGUUGGCCACUCGCUCGUGUACGUCUCCACCAAGGAGCCGGUGACGAAGCGCCGCACGCCCUGGACCGUGGUGUACAGGACCAACCUCGCCGACGGCAAGACCGAGCGCCUUACCCCGCCAGGCCAGUACGACGUGAGCCCGGCCGUGUCGCCGUCCGGCAAGAUGGUGGCCGUGGCCAACUUCCGCGGGAACAAGUGGACCGGCGAGAUCGAGCGCCUCAACACCGACAUCGCCAUCAUGAACGUGGACAAGGCGGCGCAGGGCGGCCUGCGCCGCAGGAUCCUCAUCCGGGACGGCGGCUGGCCGACGUGGGGCAGCGAGAACGUCAUAUUCUUCCACCGUGGGACCGGGGAGUCCCCGACGAACUGGGCCGUGUUCCGGUACGACAUCGCCACCAAGGAGACCGUGCGGGUGACGCCCGAGGCCAUCGACGCCAUGACUCCGGCGGCCGUCAGCGAGACCAGGGUGGCCGUGGCCACCAUCCGCCAGAAGUCUAGGCAGGCCGCCAUGACCACGCCGCGAGAGGAGGCGCAGUACCGCCACAUCGAGAUCUUCGACGUCGCGUCGCCGGACCGGCCCGUGCAGAUCAGCCAGAAAAUCAGGCCGAAAGGCGACCACUACAACCCUUUCGUGGCCGACGGCGGAAGCCGCAUCGGCUACCAUCGGGUCAGAACCGAUGAUCUCGUCAUUGGGAAUAAUCUUUCCGCGCCUACGAAGAGCUUCGACAAGAUGCACUCCCCUCACACAGAUGUGGGGCUGUUCAGGGUGUCGGGUGUGUUCCCAACCAUUUCCAAGGAUGGCGCCAAGCUCGCCUUCGUCGACAACGAGUUCAAGGCCGUGUGGCUUGCCGACACCCAAGGCCUGCGAGUCGUCUACGAGAAGCGGGGCUCCAACAGCGUCUUCUCAACGGCGUGGAACCAGAACCCUAACAAGGACACGUUGUACGUCUGCGUGGGGCCGUCCUUCUCCGCCGCCAAGCCGCUGGAAAUCUACGCCAUCUCCAACGUGUCCGGGCCGUCCGCCGGCCGGAAGGUGCAGCGCCUCACCGCCGGGAACUUCAACAACGCCUUCCCGUCGAGCAACGCGCAGGGGGACAAGUUCGUGUUCCGGUCCACGAGGGACGGCGGCAAGGAGAAGUUCCACAAGAACCUCUACAUCAUGGAGGACGCGGAGGAGGGGGAGUUCGGCCAGGGCACGGUGACGCGGCUCACCAACGGGCCGUGGACCGACACCCACUGCAGCUGGUCGCCCAAGGGGGACUGGGUCGUCUUCUCCUCUACCCGCGAGAUGCCAGCCAGCGCGCCGGAGAUGGCCUUCCUCGAUGCGGGCUACUUCGCCGUGUACCUGGUGAAGGUUAGCGACCCCACGGUGGUGGUGCGGGUGGUACAGAGCUCGGCGACCCUCGCGGGACACGUGAACCACCCCAUUUUCAGCCCGGACAUGAGGAGCAUCGUUUUCGCCUCCGACCUUGCCGCUGUCUCCAAUGAGCCUAUCUCCAUGCCUGUCUUCCUUCACUCCGUUAGGCCCUACGGAGAUAUCCUCUCCGUCGACCUCCGCGACACCGAUGAUAUCACCAAGAACAAGGACAUCCAGGAGUUCCACCGCAUCACGCAUAGCCGCUACGAGUACUCCACUCCGACAUGGACCAAGUUCGCCACCGACGACCCCAACGAGCAGUGGAACAUGCUCGCCGCCAAGGGCAGCGCCACAUUCAAGCCGGCGUGCCCCUACAUGUACCCUGACGGAGGAGAGGGGUGGCACAUGGCCGGCCACCUCACCAUCCCAAAGAGAUGCUGCUAGCUUUCCUCAAAUUUUUUCUAUUUCAUAAGUACGCUUAAUUGCGCACUUGAAUAAAGUUUGAUUUCUAUUUUA